AUGUUUUUACAUUUUGGUCAGAUGCGAUGUAAUGUAAUGUUAACCUCCUUUCACUUCUCUCUUUCCCUCUCUCUCUCUCUAUCUAUCUAUCUAUCUAUCUAUCUAUCUAUCUAUCUAUCUAUGCCUUCCUGUCUGUCUAUUCAUCUAUGUCUGUCUGUCUCUCUAUUCAUAUCUGUUUGUCUAUUCAUGUAUGUUUGCCUGAUCAUGUCUGUCUUUUUAUUCACGUCUGUCUGUCUAUGCCAGUGUCUAUUCAUGUCUGCCUGUCUCUUCAUCUAUUUAUCUAUCUAUCUAUCUAUCUAUCUAUCUAUCUAUCUAUCUAUCUAUCUAUCUAUCUAUCUCAGUCUAUUCAUAUCUAUCUAUCUAUCUAUCUAUCUAUCUAUCUAUCUAUCUCAGUCUAUUCAUAUCUAUCUAUCUAUCUAUCUAUCUAUCAUAUCUAUCUAUCUAUCUAUCUAUCUAUCCUCCUCUCUCUCUCUUUCUUCUUUAUCUCUCUCUCUCUCUAUGUCAGUGUCCAUUUUCAACCGCCGUGUUUAUCUAUACCUACUCCACCAGAAGCACGUUAGGGCCCUUCCCCCUCUAUAUCUGUAUAACUUCCUUCUCUAUUAUAAACCGAUUCUUACUCCCUCGCCUUUUAUUCUUUCCUUUUUCUUCUUUCCAUCUUUCCAUUGCCUUUCAAAUUUCUUGGCUAAAUCGACGUUUCCUCUUAACAAAGGUCAGACACGCUCUUUAUUCUUUCCUACCAAAUUCAUCAUUUCUAGCAGGAAAGAAACGGUUGAAUCUAUCUAUCUAUCUAUCUAUCUAUCUAUCUAUCUAUCUAUCUAUCUAUCUAUCUAUGUCUUCCUGUGUGUGGUUGAUACAUUUCUGAAAUUAUACAUAUACGUGUGUGUGUGUCUGGAUCUAUCUAUCUAUCUAUCUAUCUAUCUAUCUAUCUAUCAAUCUAUCUAUCUAUCUAUCUAUCUAUCUAUCCUCCCCUCUCUCUAUUUAUUGAAUUUUAUCUAUCUAUCUAUCUGUCAAUCUAUUGUAGUCUAUAUAUAUGUAUAUAUCUAUUUUUCUGUAUAUGUCUGCUAUAUCUAUCUAUCUAUCUAUCUAUCUAUCUAUCUAUCUAUCUAUCUAUCUAUCUAUCUAUACAGAUAG